UCAAAAUUAAAGAAAGAAGAACGCACCGCGACCAACUCACAUUCUUGUGUCGCUGCUGAGUAAUCUUUUCUUUGAAAAAAUAUAUUGCUAUAUAUAUUUACGCUUUGCUGUGCCGUUAAAUAGUCUAAUAAAUAGACUAGCAUAUUUUAGUGUUACAAUUAUAUAUAGAUCUACACAGAAUGACUUCAACACCUUUCAACGUCGGUCUGACUGAGGGCACGCGAUCAUCAAGCAGGGUGCUUCGCCCUCCUGGUGGCGGACACACCGAUAUCUUCGGUGGAGACCCGGAGCCCCCACGCGGCCGUCGUCUGGCGUCUGCCAUUGCUAUUGCAAAUGCCAAUUCAAAUGCUAAUAUAAAUGCUGUUCCAGUCGACGAGCCAGCCAAGCCAACGAAUGGCACAGUUUCACCGCCCCGCAACGGUCAAAACACUCCUGAGUCACCUAAAGAAGAAAGAGUGGAGUCUAUUCCGGAAGUUCAACUGGAGGCGCCAAUUGUUGAAAUACCCACCAAGACUGAGAGCAAGCCGGAACCGGCAAUAUUUAAUGAGCCAGCCAAGGCUGAGGCCCCGAAACGCGUACGCGUUCCACCUGGUGGGUUCUCAUCAGGGCUCUGGUAAGACUGGAUAUUGCUAUAAAGCUUAGUUUCGUGGCAUAAUUAAGAUUCUCGCUGGGACCAGUUGAAAUUAGGCUAGUGUUUUGUUAUGAAUGUGCAAAGAUUGUAAUUUGUAUUAGAAUUGGCCAGUAACAAAUAGGUGUUUAAUUAUCAAUUAAUAAUUAUAAAUUCUUCCUCAAAAAGACUUGUGCAUUCAGAAUGAAGUCGAAAUAAUUGUCUCAAAUCGCUUUGUCAUAAAAUAUAAUUAUGAAAAUAAUAAAUACAGACAUUAAUUUAAAAUAAAACCUAUAAAUUUUA